AUGAAGGAUGAAAACCUGGGCCUUGACGCCAACUUUACACCCUCUGGUACAUUCGUGGAUAUUCACAUAGAUCAAAACCGGCAUGCUCUGUCACAGUCAAUCGGUACGUCACGGCGUAUCUGGCUUCUGUACCCUCCCACUGAGUCCAACCUCCGUGUCUUUGUUGGAUCAUCUGGUGAAAGUGGUCGUCUCACCAAGAUAUCCGGCCAGCUAGAAGGGGGUUAUAUUAUUCAAGCUAGUUCAUCCGAGAUUAUCUACCUUCCUCCCGCCUGGCUUCACGCCACCUUCACAGUAUGCAGUGGUGUGCUGGUCGGUGUUAAUUUUGUCUCACUCGAAAGCCUUGCCACUAUGAGCCAUAGUCUAUGUGUUCGCUUUCCAUACUUCUUCCGGCUCCCGCAUAAUUUUGAAGAGGAUUUCAAAGUUCACCAGGAAGCUAUUGAGAAUUUUCUUGGCUCUGAGCAUGAUCAGGGAAUCGUCGAAAGUGUCAUACAGAGCUGGAUUCAAUUGGCUGGGGCGUUCCGAUGCAAAGACCCCAACCCCGAUCUAGCAGAGAACGCGCUGCAAGACAUGCUUCAUACCACUGGUUCACUUGCAGCACUAGAGAGCGAUGAGCAGAGACAAGCUCUCAAUAUCGUCGCCCAGCUCCGCAAGUACGGCCUUGAGAGCGUGCUUUCGCUCCCCCAACUAGUGGUCUGCGGGGAUCAGCCUGCGGGGAAGAGCUCUGUUCUCGAGGCACUCACCGAAAUCCCAUUCCCAAGAAAUGACAAUCUCUGCACAAGGUUUGCAACUGAAAUCAUUCUUCGUCGAGCCCCAACAAAUUCCCUGCAGAUCAAGGUGAUACCAGAUCCUGAGAGGCCGGCCUUAGAAAAAGAAAAUAUCAGGGCUUUUAGCGAGGUUAUCACCGAUUUUGAUGAGCUCCCAUAUCUAAUGGCGAAAGUCACAACUCUUAUGGGCAUUGACGCUACUGCCGAUGCAAGCCGUCCGCGCCGCGCCUUUGCAAAGGAUACUCUCAGCAUGGCCAUCAAAGGCCCACAGCGUCCGCAGCUCACCGUGGUAGAUCUUCCGGGAAUAGUUCAAUCAGAAACAAAGGAUACGUCUCAGGAAGAUGUGGCCUUGGUCUCAGAAAUCACGGAACAUUAUAUAUCCCAGCCUCGCACAAUUUGCCUUGCCGUCGUCUCCGCGACCCAUGACUACGCAAACCAGGAAAUUCUAAGCAAAGUUCGGAAAUUUGAUAAGGAAGGAGAGCGUACCCUUGGAAUUAUUACCAAACCGGACAGACUAUCACCCGGAUCAGGGUCAGAAGAAGCAUUUAUAGAUCUGGCAAACAAUCAGGAUAUACAAUUCAAACUGGGCUGGCACGUUCUUAAGAACCGUAGCUUUGAAGAAACAUCAUUUUCAUUCCACGAACGUAAUGCAUCGGAGGCUGCGUUUUUUCGCAAAUCCAAUUUCAAGGUUCUGGCGCCCGAAACGCUCGGUAUCAGACAAUCCAUUAGAGAUGACAACUUUCCUCCAUCUCCAGCUUGUUUGGAGAAAUUUUAUCCACCAACAGUUCGAAUUGAUGACAAAUGGUUGCAAGCAAGAAGAUCAUAG